UUAAACAUCUCUAGCGUCGCGUGAUUUGAGCGUCAUCAGCUGCUGGCGUACAUCAGUGGCGCACGUUGCACUUGGGAAAUAUUUUGCUAUACGGUUUUAUAAGUAAAAUUCUCAUGGCAAAUGGUGCGGAAGAUGUCAUAUUUUGUCGUGGGGCGGGUCAAAGUGAUGAUUCUGACAUUUGGGAUGAUACAGCUUUGAUUAAAGCCUAUGAUAAAGCGGUUGCGUCGUUCAAGAAUGCAUUGAAAGGAGAGGACAAUGAGACACCACACAAAAAAGAUAACCCCGGAAAGAAGCGGAAAAACAACAAAAAGAGUAAGAGCAGAAAAAGAUGUAACGCAGCACCUGAUAAAGAGUGGCAGGUUGGGGACUCCUGUAAUGCUUACUGGUCUGAAGAUGGCAACUUGUACUCUGCUACGAUUUCCUCCAUCGAUCAGGAGAAGGGCACCUGUGUGGUCCUUUAUACUGAAUAUGGGAAUGAGGAGGAGCAGAACCUCAGUGACCUUCUGACAGAGGCUUCAGAUUUGGAUGAAGACACUCUGAAAACUUCAGAUGUUUGUGGAGUCAAAGAGGCUGAGUCCUCAACAGAGGAGAGUGAUCGAUCUUUAACCCCAAAGCAGUCCGGUCACCCGAAGCACAAAUCUAAAGGCAGAUCUCCCAUGGGACCUCCAUCGUGGAUUCCUGGUUUCCCUCCUGGACUCCCUCCUGGACUCCCUCCUGGACUCCCUCCUGGACCCCCACCUGGACCCCACUUCCAAAAGACGGAUGGCAAACGAUCAGAAGGUCCUGGACAUUUCUUCCCUGGAUGGCCUCCCAUGAUGCCACCAGGUCCCCCGAUGAUCCCACCGCCUCCACCAAUGAGUCCAGACUCUCUAGAGGAUGACGAGGCUUUGGGCAGCAUGCUUAUUUCCUGGUACAUGAGCGGCUAUCACACAGGAUACUAUUUGGGCUUAAAACAAGGUCGUAGAGAGGCUGCAGCAUCUAAGAAGUCACAUCGGAAAUAAAAAUACAGCGAACGAAAUAUGAACGUGAUGAUGCAGCAGACUUGAUUCACUUUUUUUUUUUUGUAUUCUUUGUAAAUAAAUAAAUAAAUGAAUUAAAAGUAAUUGUGCUCUUUUCCAAA